AUGUCGAAGCGUCAAAAAGUCCAAUAUUCCGGCAUGGGCGGGGAGCCCGCUUUUCUAGCGGCCUUCAAAAAACGAGUCGGUUACCAAGAACCGGAAGAAGACAAAGAUAUGGAGGCGAAGAAAGCAAAGUUGAUGAAGGAUUUCGACGAAAGAGAACUCGACGAUGAGCUUCCCCAAGUUGAGCUAGGAAAAGGCGUUUCCGCUAACGAAGCUGAAACAUUCCUUCAAAGAGAUUUAGACGCACAAAAGGCCGAGAAAGCGAAAGCUGAAGGCAAAUCACCCGAGGAAUCAUCCAACACUGCCAAAUCCACAACGGAUGAGUCAAAACCAUCUGCUACGGACCCGGAAGAGAAGAAUACUUUGCCCCAAGUUGAGCCCAAGAAAUCGACGGUUAUACAAGUCGGGCUGAAGUCUGAAAAGUCCGAAAAGAAGAAGAAAAAGAAGUCGAAAAUGAAAGCCGUUAAAAAUUCGAAAUUACUGUCUUUUGGAGACGAAUAA